GGGGAGGGGGGGCGGUGGGAUGGGGGGGGGGGGCGCGAGGACGCGGACGGGGACGGGGACUAGGGGAAACUCGCAUUCCUACAGAAGGCAGGCCAACAGCGCCUGCCGGAGUCCCAGCCGGUUGCUAAGAGGGUUAACACAGUCUCCGGCUCCUCUUUGGGGAGAGACAACCCCGCGGCCGGCUUAUUGGGCAGGAGCUGCAGAGAGACAGGGGUCUACAGCAAAUCACGAGCUAAUUGAUUAAGGCGAGCGGGUUUGAAUAGCGCUGGCCCGUUGCCAAUCGCCUUUCAAAGAGCCCCUCUAUGAUUAAUCGCAAUGCAUUAUUGAUAAUCAUAAUUAUAGCAGGACACAUGCGCGCUGCGCUGAGGGCCGGGGAGUCGGGGAGGGGGGCGGGCAGGCGGGAGGGGGGAGCCACCGCUGCCGCUCGAUUUCCGUAAUUUUGAGAAGAUUUUUUUUUAGUAAUUUUUUAUUCUGCCCCAGCCGAUGUUUGAGCCAGCAUGUCGCGGAGAAAGCAAGCGAAGCCUCAACAUUUCCAAUCCGACCCCGUUCUGGCCUCGCUCCCCCAGCGAGAUGGAGACAUGGAGAAGGGUCAAACAAAUCGAACCACUAAGAACAAGGAUGCCCAUGUCUGUGGCAGGUGCUGUGCCGAGUUCUUUGAAUUAUCAGAUCUCCUGCAACACAAGAAGAGCUGCACUAAAAAUCAAUUAGUUUUAAUUGUGAAUGAAAAUCCACCUUCCCCUCCUGAAACCUUUUCCCCCAGCCCGCCCUCCGAUAAUCCUGAUGAACAAAUGAAUGACGCAGUUAAUAACACCGAUCAAGUAGACUGCAGUGACCUUUCAGCACCCAGCAAACUUGACAGGGAAGAGUCCAUGGAAAUGCAGGCCUCUGGCACGAACAGAAGCAGCAGUGGUCCCAACAGCAUCGACAGUCGAAUUAUUCCAAGCAGCCACAGCUCUUCCAUGGGUACCUCAGCUAUUACAACCUCUCUACCUCAGCUAGGGGAUUUGACGACACUGGGCAACUUUUCCGUGAUCAACAGUAAUGUCAUCAUAGAAAACCUCCAGAGCACGAAGGUGGCAGUGGCCCAGUUCUCCCAGGAAGCAAGGUGCAAUGGGGCGUCCAGUGGUAAGCUGGCCAUCCCAGCCCUCAUGGAACAGCUCUUGGCUUUGCAACAGCAGCAGAUCCACCAGUUGCAACUGAUAGAGCAAAUCCGUCACCAAAUACUGCUGUUGGCUUCCCAAAAUGCAGAUAGGCCAACAUCUUCUAGUCCUUCUCAAGGUACUUUACGAACAUCUGCCAACCCCUUGUCCACGCUAAGCUCCCAUUUAUCCCAGCAGCUGGCAGCAGCAGCUGGAUUAGCACAGAGCCUUGCUAGUCAAUCUGCCAGCAUCAGUGGUGUGAAACAGCUACCCCCAAUACAGCUACCUCAGAGCAGUCCUGGCAACACGAUCAUCCCAUCCAGCAGUGGCUCUCCUCCAAAUCUUAACAUAUUGGCAGCAGCAGUUACAACUCCGUCCUCAGAAAAAGUGGUUUCAAGUGCUGGUGGCUCCCAGGUUAGCAACCCACCAGUAUCAGCAUCCUCACCAGCUUUUGCAAUAAGCAGUUUAUUAAGUCCUGCAUCUAAUCCACUUCUACCUCAGCCUGCCCCUGGUAACUCUGUUUUCCCCGGACCCUUGCCCAAUAUUGGAACAACUGCAGAGGAUUUAAACUCUCUGUCAGCCUUGGCCCAGCAAAGAAAAAGCAAGCCACCAAACGUAACUGCCUUUGAGGCGAAAAGUACUUCUGACGAGGCAUUCUUCAAACACAAGUGUAAAUUCUGUGCUAAAGUCUUUGGAAGUGACAGUGCCUUGCAGAUCCACUUGCGUUCUCAUACUGGUGAAAGGCCAUUCAAAUGCAACAUCUGUGGGAACAGAUUUUCCACAAAGGGAAAUUUAAAAGUCCACUUUCAGCGCCACAAAGAGAAAUAUCCCCACAUCCAGAUGAACCCCUACCCUGUGCCUGAGCACUUGGAUAAUAUCCCUACAAGUACAGGUAUCCCAUAUGGGAUGUCCAUCCCACCUGAGAAACCUGUUACCAGCUGGCUAGACACCAAGCCAGUCCUGCCCACACUGACCACUUCAGUUGGCUUGCCGCUUCCUCCAACAAUCCCCAGUCUGACCCCUUUCAUCAAGACUGAAGAACCAGCCCCAAUACCCAUAAGUCAUUCUGCCACCAGCCCACCAUGUUCAGUUAAAAGUGAUUCAGGAGUGGUUGAAAUAGCCCCAAGGAGCUCCAGUGGGCUACUUGAAGAAGCAGAGGGGUCCACUUUGCCACCAUCUAACAGUAAGAUAGAUGAAGGCACCCCUGUAUCCAACUCACUCACAAACACUAACAAUUCCAUGAGCUCCCCAGCUGCAGACUCCAGUUCUGGCAAUGUAGCCACUUUUACCAACCCUCUGAUGCCUCUUAUGUCAGAACAGUUCAAGGCAAAGUUCCCUUUUGGAGGGUUGUUGGACUCAGCACAAGCUUCAGAGACAUCAAAACUACAGCAACUGGUAGAAAAUAUUGACAAAAAGGCAACAGACCCCAAUGAGUGUAUCAUUUGCCAUCGAGUUCUAAGUUGCCAGAGUGCACUGAAGAUGCAUUAUCGGACCCAUACUGGGGAGAGACCAUUUAAAUGUAAAAUCUGUGGUAGGGCUUUCACCACAAAAGGGAAUCUUAAAACUCACUAUAGUGUCCACCGUGCCAUGCCCCCACUCAGAGUCCAACAUUCCUGCCCCAUCUGCCAGAAGAAAUUCACUAAUGCUGUGGUACUUCAGCAGCAUAUCAGAAUGCAUAUGGGGGGCCAGAUUCCUAAUACCCCAAUUACUGAAAACUAUCCUGAGUCAAUGGAAUCAGACACAGGUUCUUUUGAUGAGAAGAACUUCGAUGACCUAGACAACUUCUCAGAUGAAAACAUGGAAGACUGCCCUGAUAGCAGUGUGCCUGAUACACCCAAGUCUGCUGAUGCAUCACAAGAUAGCUUGUCUUCUUCCCCUCUGCCCCUAGAAAUGUCAAGUAUUGCUGCUUUGGAAAAUCAGAUGAAGAUGAUCAAUGCUGGAUUAGCUGAGCAGCUUCAGGCUAGCCUCAAGUCAGUUGAGAAUGGGUCUGUAGAGGGAGAUGUAAUGACAAAUGACUCUUCCUCAGUUGGAGGUGAUAUGGAGAGCCAAAGUGCUGGAAGUCCUGCUAUUUCAGAGUCUACCUCUUCCAUGCAGGCUCUAUCCCCAUCCAAUAGCACCCAUGAUUACCACAAGUCACCAAGUAUUGAGGAGAAGCAGCAAAGAGCAUUGCCGAGUGAGUUUGCCAAUGGUUUAUCUCCCACCCCUGUGAAUGGUGGGGCUUUGGAUUUGACAUCUGGUCAUACAGAUAAAAUUAUUAAAGAAGAUUCCUUGGGCAUACUCUUCCCUUUCAGAGACCGGGGUAAAUUUAAAAACACCGCAUGUGACAUUUGUGGCAAAACAUUUGCUUGUCAGAGUGCCUUGGACAUUCAUUACAGAAGUCAUACCAAAGAGAGACCAUUUAUUUGCACAGUUUGCAAUCGUGGGUUUUCCACAAAGGGUAAUUUGAAGCAGCAUAUGUUGACACAUCAGAUGCGAGAUCUACCAUCACAGCUCUUCGAACCUAAUUCCAACCUUGGCCCCAAUCAGAACUCUGCAGUUAUCCCCACCAAUUCAUUGUCAUCACUCAUAAAAACAGAAGUAAAUGGUUUUGUGCAUGGUUCUUCUCAGGACAGUAAAGAUAAUUCCUCAAGCCUGGUCCCAUCAGGGCCUCUAUCUUCAUCUGCCACAUCUCCAGUUCUGCUCCCAGCCCUUCCUAGGAGAACUCCCAAACAGCAUUAUUGCAACACAUGUGGAAAGACCUUCUCUUCCUCCAGUGCUCUGCAGAUCCAUGAAAGAACACACACUGGAGAGAAGCCCUUUGCCUGCACAAUUUGUGGGAGAGCUUUCACAACAAAAGGCAAUCUUAAGGUACACAUGGGCACUCACAUGUGGAACAGUACCCCAGCCAGAAGAGGCAGGCGACUUUCUGUGGAUGGUCCCAUGACAUUUCUGGGAGGCAAUCCUGUAAAAUUCCCAGAAAUGUUCCAGAAAGAUUUGGCUGCAAGGUCAGGAAAUGGAGAUCCUUCCAGUUUUUGGAAUCAGUAUGCAGCUGCACUCUCCAAUGGUUUGGCCAUGAAGACCAACGAGAUCUCAGUCAUUCAGAAUGGUGGCAUCCCUCCAAUUCCUGGAAGCCUUGGCAAUGGCAGUAGCUCACCUAUUAGUGGGUUGACGGGAAGUUUGGAGAAGCUCCAGAACUCUGAACCUAAUGCUCCUCUAGCUGGUCUGGAGAAAAUGGCAGGCAGUGAAAAUGGAAAUAACUUCCGUUUUACCAGAUUUGUGGAGGACAACAAAGAGAUCGCAACAAGUUAAAGAGAAUCAACCUUAUAAAUAACAUUCCUGCUAAGAAGGCAACCUACAAUUGCUUUCUUGUUGUCUCCUCUCCCUUCCUUCCCCUGCCUACUUCCCUUGCCCAGAUCUAUGAACAACAACAUUAUUGACAUUUUUUGUACCAUGUUCAACUUCUAGAGUUCUAAGAGAGCUUAUUUAUUAGUGAUAUAACCUUGCUUUGCAAAAAAAAAAAAAUGCAAGCAUUAACUUUGGUCUUCUGUAUUUUGAACUAAAUACUAAUUGACUAGAGUGCUGUAAACUUGCUGUAACAUUUAUGGCAAUUGCAAGUUGUUCUGAUAGAUGACCUUAUUCUGGCAUUAACUUAUUUUCUAUAUCCAGUUUAACAUGAACUCUGGUGUUGAUGCAAUGCCUCAGUGAUGCAUUAGAUCUCUAAUAAAGUCUGUAUAUAAAUGUACACUUUGAUCCUGCUGGAAAAUUUUAUCAGCAAACACAUUGUUUAAUCUUCCAAAACAGAUCUAAGGAAAGGACUGAAAAAAAGCCCAACAGUACAGACUGAACAGAGUGGUUUUUUGCAAAAGGUUCAAUUUUUGAUUUUUAUUAUAAAAUUAAAACUGCUUUAAUUUUGGGGGUAGAUUUAACACUUUCCGUUUUGAACUGUUAUUUGUAUUGUGCUUUUUACUUGAGUCGUCUUAAAUGUUUAAUAAGUUUCUGUACAGUAAUAAGCACGCAGAUUAUUAGAGAAGAUACAAAAGUGUUGUUUUGGUAGUUGAAACUGAGACAUAACAUUUUGCCUUGUAGGUAUAUUCAUUAUAGAAAAUGUGCUGGAAUUUCACAAUGCUGCUAAGUAUAGCAUCUUGAACAACCUUCCGUGGAAAAAUUGUAGAUGCUCCUGUAUAUACAAUAAGAAAUAUCACUUUCAUUAAAAUGUACAUAUGUUCCUUACAA